AGGGUUCACUGUUUCACCCACAACUAAACAACACUAUCUGAUCCUGCAGCCUGGUCCGGUCACUCGGCCAGUCUGCGAGCUGCUCUCUCCGGGUGUUGGAACUGUGGGACCCCCUCUCAGUGGAGGAAACCACAUUUAUAAAGAUAUUUUCCCACUAGGGUCUCCAGUCUUCCGUAACUGUGAGACAGCUCUGGCUCUCUCAGAUUAACUCUUUCUAUAACAGAGAAUCUGAGACUGGACCAAGAGUGAUGUUCCCCGUGAAGAUUUUCAAACACUCAGAAACACUGCACUGAGGCCGAUUUCCCCAGGUUGACUGAUUGUGUUGGUUGGUUGAUUGUGACUGAAUGGCAGACAGACAGAUCAGCCUGCCAGCUAAGCUCAUAAACGGUGGCAUUGCUGGGCUGAUUGGAGUGACCUGCGUCUUUCCCAUCGAUCUGGCGAAGACUCGACUUCAGAACCAGCAGAAUGGCUCUCGGCUCUACAGCAGCAUGUCUGACUGUCUCCUCAAAACCAUCCGAUCUGAGGGCUUCUUUGGGAUGUACAGAGGUGCUGCAGUUAAUCUGACACUGGUUACUCCAGAAAAAGCCAUCAAACUCGCUGCCAAUGACUUCUUCAGACACCAUCUCUCGAAAGAUGGACAGAAGCUGACAUUGCUGAGGGAAAUGAUUGCUGGCUGUGGAGCAGGAACAUGCCAAGUAAUUGUUACCACUCCGAUGGAGAUGCUGAAGAUCCAGCUGCAGGAUGCAGGACGGAUAAAUGCACAGUGGAAGCUGACUGGUCAGGCUGCGUCAGGGGGCGGAGCUGCUGGGGGUCGUUUAGAGACCAGGAAUCCUACAGGCCUCCAGAUCACUAAAGAGCUGCUGCAGAGCCGAGGGGUAUCGGGACUGUACAGAGGCCUUGGGGCCACGCUACUGAGGGAUGUGCCCUUUUCUAUCAUCUAUUUCCCUCUGUUUGCGAACCUGAAUGAUCUGGGGAAGAGGGGUGUUGAGGGUCCGGCUCCAUUUUACUGCUCUUUCCUGUCUGGCUGCCUGGCUGGGAGUGCAGCAGCUGUAGCAGUGAACCCAGUGGAUGUUGUAAAGACAAGGCUACAGUCUCUGACACGUGGAAGUCAGGAGGACACUUAUAAUGGAGUGAAGGACUGCAUCAGUAAAAUACUGUGCAAUGAGGGUCCCUCAACCUUCCUGAAGGGGGCGUACUGCCGUGCACUGGUCAUCGCCCCUCUGUUCGGGAUUGCUCAGGUGGUUUAUUUUCUUGGGGUUGGAGAGUUUAUCCUCAGCAUUGUUCCCGGAGCCCAGCGUUGAGGCGAGAUCUGAUCCAGAUUGUCCUCCUGCUCGGAACAAGGAAAACUACUUAAGCAGACUAGCGUCUCGAAUGGGAGCUUGAGGCAGCAGAAUGAUUCUGCUCUGUAUGGUUUUAUUCUGGGAGAAUAAAAACUCUGACUGGACUCUUAGACUGAUGGAAAAGCUGGUUUAUGUGCCUUGUUUUAGCAUCAUGUAUCAGCCACUACCUGUUAGAUUCUACUGCCUGACUGGAAUUGAGUCUUUACAAAUGAAUUCAAUAGUUUUUGACUGUUUGUUUUUAUGCCUAUAGAAGUGUCCAUUAUUGUCCAUUUUAUUACAGUACAGGAUGUUAUAUUGUGUGAAUUACAAUGUCAAUGUCAUGUGAAAAGUCAAUGGAUAACAAAAUGUAAACUGAUCAUUAAAUGUUUCCUCAGGGGACGGCUUGGAAAAGCCCACUCUACGAGGAAACUUGUUUCUUACUGUGCACAUGAUA